GGCGCUAGACAUGGCUAAUGGUCCCAACAAUUGGUUGUUGAAGUAACUUAUUAGCUUAUAUAGAAGCUGUUCGUCAAAAGGUUAUUGUGUAUAUUUAAAUGUGUCACUAAAAAACAAUACAUUAUUGUUGUCAUCGCUGGAUAAGUCUGCGUCUUUUAAGAAAUGGAAUAGAGAUACUGCCUGGUCGCUAGCAUGCUACAGUUAGCUACAUGCUAAGGAUACCAUCUGCUGGGACAACGUGAACAACACUUUACUGAGUAUUUAUUCUCGAGUCAAGUUUCUCUUCUCAGUUAGCUAACAAUGAAGUGUCACUACGAAAUCUUGGGUGUGAAACGAGACGCAGGAGACGAUGAUUUGAAGAAAGCUUAUCGUAAAUUAGCAUUGAAGUGGCAUCCAGAUAAAAAUUUGGACAAUGCAGAGGAGGCAGCAGAACAGUUCAAGCUGAUUCAGGCAGCUUAUGAUGUAUUGAGUGACCCACAGGAGAGAGCUUGGUAUGACAAUCACAGGGAGGCUCUGCUGAAAGGAGGACUGAGUGGAGACUAUGAAGAUGACAGCAUUGACCUGCUGCAGUACUUCACUGUCACCUGCUACUCUGGCUAUGGAGAUGAUGAGAAGGGCUUUUACACAGUCUACAUGAAUCUCUUUGAGUCCAUUGUUAAGGAGGAGAUGGAGCAAAGCAGGGUUGAUGAUGAGGAAGAGGAGGAGGAGUUUCCUCCCUUUGGAGACUCUCAGAGUGACUAUGACACUGUAGUGCACGUGUUUUACGGCUACUGGCAGAGCUUCUGCACUCGUAAAAACUUUGCCUGGAAAGAGGAGUAUGACACAAGGCAGGCCUCCAACCGCUGGGAGAAAAGGGCCAUGGAGAAGGAGAACAAGAAGACCAGAGAGAAGGCUCGAAAGGAGCGCAACGAGCUUGUGCGACAGCUAGUUGCUUUUGUCCGUAAGCGUGACCGCCGUGUGCAGGCCCACAGGAAGCUGGUGGAGGAGCAGAACGCUGAGAAGAUCAAGAAGGUGGAGGAGCUGAGGCGGAAGCAGAAGCUCAGCCAGGCCAAACUGGCAGAGGAGUACAAGGAGCAGAGCUGGGCAGCCAUGUCUGAGCUUGAGAAGGAGCUGCAGCAGAUUGAGGCUCAGUACGGAGAGGAGUUUGGAGAUGCAUCAGAGAGUGGGGAGGAGGAGAACAGCGAAGAGGGAGGAGAUGCAGAGCAGCCCGAUGGAGACGAACUGACAAUUGACUAUUACGAUGAUCUGUACUGCCCAGCCUGUGACAAAUCCUUCAAAUCAGAUAAAGCUAUGAAAAACCACGAAAAAUCCAAAAAGCACCGGGAGAUGGUGGCGUUGCUGCGGCAACAGCUGGAGGAAGAAGAGGAUUCACUUGGUUUGAACCAAAAUAAGCAGGAACAGGAGGGGGAGGAAGAGGAAGAAGAGGAUGAGGAGGAGGAGGAGGAGGAGGACAAGCCAAGGCAAAAGCUCUCCAAAAAGCAGAAGAGGAAAAAGAAACAGCAGAAAGUAGCACAUCAGAGUGCUCCAGAGGAGGAGGAGGAGAAACCAACGCCGACCACCUGCAAGGAAGAUGCCCCUGAGAAGUCAGCGGACGCCACAGAGCCGGAGAAGCAGGAUGAUGUCCCUCAAACAGAAGUCAAGAGCAGCUCUGGGAAGCCAAAGGGAAAGAAGGGAGGAGGAAAAGACAAACCAAAGAAUGUCAAGUCAAACACGGGAGGAGGACAGAUUCCUGAGAAGGAAGUAAACCUCCGCUGCGUAACUUGUAACAACGAGUUCCCCACAAGAAACAAGCUGUUUGACCAUCUGAAGGCCAGCGGCCACGCCUCUGCUGUCACCUCAAACGCUGCUCACGGCUCCAUGAGCAAGAGCAAAAAGGACAAGAAGAAGAACAGAUAACACCUUUCAUCUGGGCUGAUGAACCCGAAAGAGUUUGACUCAGCAGGAACACAGGAAGCAACACUCUGAAAAGUCUCUCUGCAGGAACAUAAACUGUUGAAGCCUGUUGAAAGUGGCUUUAAGGGACCGGAUUGGCUGAAUGACAGCAGAUAGUUUUUUUUAUUUUUUUUUUUAUUAAAAUUUUCAAUGAGAGAGCUCUGUAUGUGUGAGAGACUCCUUUUACCACCCGAGUCUUCCAGAUUGGAGUGAUUGAAACGUUUUCUCUACCUUUCCCAGUAACUUAUUAAAUUCUCCGUGUUGAUAAACCAGUGGCGAUUAACCACACAGGAUGUGUGAAGGAUAUACCUCUAUCCCUAUUAUCAGAUCCCUCACUGUUGUGGGACUCAUGUCUUUUAGUUUGUCAUGAAGAGCACAGUAGUGGUAUUACUGCAUCAAGAAAAUAAAAGUGAUACUGCA